AUGUCUCUCUCUGUAGUCGGAGGUCUAGGUGCCAUUCUCAGUAUCUUCUUCGAGAUCUACGGUGCUGAAGGUGUGAGUCCAGAUAAAGUUGUCUGGCUGAGCAACUACCUUAUUCUACCUCUGGGCCUUAUCUUUGGCCGGCGAUCUGGUACCAUCUUAUCUAUUGUUGUGAACUUUGUUGCAACCAUUGCCUGCGCCGUGUCUCAAAACUUCCAGCAGCAUUUUGGGCUUCGUAUUCUACAGGGAUUAGCAACCGGUGCUACCGAGUCUUUCAUCAAUGGCCAAGUUGUCAUCACAGAUCAAUUCGGCGUUACCCGGGUUAUUACUGGAGACGAAGCACAAGAGUAUAUCCGAGCGCUUGAGGCCGAUGGCGAGGAAAUUCCGGAUGAAGCUCGACCUAAACACACCUACUUCCAAAUGUUGAAGCCGUGGCAGAAACCAGUUGGUAGUUCCAUUCAAACGAUACUGAAAACUUGGUUUCAUAUGUUUGAGGCUUUCACAUCUCCAGGAAUUUUGUACGCUACGCUAUUAGCCUCGGUUGUUCUAGGAUGCUCAAUCGGCAUGUCUCUCACAUAUGACACUGUUAUCCAAAGCUAUGGCUGGCCAGCAAAGAACGUCGGUUUGAUUAAUCUUGGUGGUGUCUUUGGCGGGUUUGGAGGCAUGUUGUAUGCGGGUUUGUUUGGCGACUGGUUUAUCAUCCAGAUGGCCAAACGGUCUGGUGGCGUUCAUGUUCCAGAGCACCGACUCAUUCUUUUGAUCUUCCCUGGUAUUCUGAUGAUAGUUUCUCUGCUUCUGUACGGAUUCACCGCCGGUGGAAGCUCCACUUGGGGUGGGCCUUUUAUGGGCUGGACGAUUCUACAAGUGGCCUUUGUGUCCGUUCUUAUUUUGUCUACAUUGAGGCAUCAAGAAAAGACUCCUUGGUUCGUAAAACCUAUCAAUCUAAAUUUUCAAAGAAAUCUUCCAAGACAUAUUGCAAAGACCGAAUAG